GAUACAUGGUAUUGAUUAGUUAUCCUCUUUGAAUGAUAUUGGGCCGGUAAAGAUAUGGACCCCAGCCCAACACUCUGCAAUUGGACUCAAGUCUACAUGGUUAUAUAUCAUCUUCCCUCCCGCUCCGCCCUUCUUCCUCCUCAUUUACAGUAUAUCCCUCUCUUCAGUCUUCCUUCGCUCCCUCUAUUUCUAACCUUAUAAAAGAAGAAGAAGAAGAAGAAGAAGAAGAAGAAGAAGAAGAAGAAGAAGAAGAAGAAGGAAAGUAUAGUUUCAAUCAUCCGGACAAUAUGGACAACAACAUUGAAGCAAUUCCUGAACAAUCAAACCAUAGCCAAAACCUCAAUCCCAGAGUCACAUCGGAAGGAUGCAGUGUAUUGCUUGAUAUCAACGAUGGAGACCGAUUGGUUUUCGCCCGCCUCACUCCUGCCGCGAAUUUGAAAAUAGGGGAUAAGAAUUACUCCCUUCAGCCUCUGAUAGGCUGUCCGUACGGGUCUCUGUUUCAAGUGGAGAGUGGAGAAGGAGGGCCAAUCUUGUCUAGGGUCUCUCAUACCAUUGAAGGGAAUAAUAUCGAAUCAGAAAAUGGUGGUUUUCGUGAUACAGACAGCGCAAAGGACAAUCGAGCUCUAGUUGAUAAUAACACAGCUCAAAGUCUUACUGGUGAAGAUAUUCAUGAAAUGCGAAGACAGGGUGCGACUGGGGACGAAAUAGUAAAAGCUCUCAUUGCAAACAGCACAACUUUUGAGAAGAAGACUCAGUUUUCACAAGAAAAAUAUAAGCUUAAGAAACUGAAGAAGUAUGCACCCAAAGUACUACUUAGACGUCCCACUGCACGGAGCAUAUGUGAGGCGUACUUCAAGAAGUAUCCUGACAGAAUUGGGUGUUUGCGAGUGGACACUUUAUCUCUUUUGCUUUCUAUGGCAAAUGUGACUGCACAUGCUGAUGUACUUGUAGUGGACAAGGUUGGAGGUUUACUUACUGGUGCUGUUGCUGAGCGUAUGGGAGGUACUGGUUAUGUGUGCAACACUUAUCUUGGAAGUGUUCCAUAUCCUAUUGAUAUCACAAGGACGUUUAAUUUUAGUGAUGAAAUUUGCAGAAGGAUUGUGCACGCUUCAUUGGAUGAUCUGUUGACGCUUCAAACUGGAGCUUCAGAGGACAAGGUAAAAGAGGCCGCUGGUGUCUCUUCAGAUAAUGGGAAUAUGGACAUUACACCUGAGAUUGUAAAAAAACCGUGUAAAGCUCCAAAAACUGGAGGGAAGGCAUCACUUGAAGCAGUUUCCUCAUGGAAAGAAAAUGGCUUUUCCAGCUUAAUAGUUGCCGCCCCAGAAAUGGAUCCUUGGAGUCUUGUCAAAGAUCUUAUCCCUCUUUUGUCAUUUUCUGCUCCGUUUGCAGUCUACCAUCAGUAUGCUCAGCCUCUAGCCACCUGCAUGCACAACCUGCAAACGGAGAAACUGGCAAUUGGCUUACAAUUGUCUGAGCCUUGGCUUCGCGAGUAUCAGGUCUUACCGUCAAGAACCCACCCGCAUAUGCAGAUGAGUGCCUUUGGUGGGUAUGUUUUGAGUGGUACACGGAUUUGUACUACGACUGACCAGAAGAUGCAGCAGCUUAACUGAUUUAUUUAUUUGUUUAUUGAUUUAUUUUCUUCCCGGGUUUCUUCGGAUUCACCAUUUCCCCCGAUUAUAUCUGGUUCAAAUACGGUGUUGUUUUUUAUAUAAUGUAAACUUGUAAUGCUUUUCAAGUGUGUAAGCUGUAACUUUAAUAAGGUUAUUUUGGCUAUCCACAUUAUUUUGUAAUAUCUCACAUUAUUUUGGCUAUCCGCACUCAUUAUUCAGUUAAUGGAAAGUCUUGUUUUCUGGUUCAGUUAUACUCCGUGCAUAAUAAAUAAAGGUGUUGCUA